AACACCAAAGAACAGCCUGCUGGAGCUUUGAAGUGCCCUGUGGAGGGCAGUGUUACACCUCAGUGUACACUACAGCCUGCCGGGAGUUAUUUGAAGAAGAAAACAUUCGACCUCAGAAAGAGAAAGCGUUCUCUGGCAGCUUCCUGUGUGCUGGUUCCUGACCGUUUCCAUCAUGGCUUUUAAUCCAGGCUCCAAAAGAUUUUCAAGCGGUAUUUAUGCCGUCUCCAGUCGCCCCGAACAUUUGGAGAUGCUCUUCAGACAUCAUGAAUACGACCUCCACAAUCAUGGCGACAACAUGUCUGAUGGUGGUGUUGUCAGAGAAGAUAGUUCGGCUCAACGCGCCGCACGGACUGUAUUACGGCUGACUGUUGCUGAAGUGCAAAGACAGCAGCUCAGCAGAGCCAUUGCUCGAAAACGGGAGAAAGAGCAGACCAAGUUCCUGAAGAUUCCUGCAGCUCUGAUGAGCCGACCGCAUGUCGAAGUCCAAACAGAUCUUUAUCUUCAAGAAACGGCGGUUGUUGUAGAUACAAGAGAUAUGCACAGCCAGACUGAUGUUCACAUGGAGAAGCCACCGUCGCCACCAUACAUACCUGCCAAAAUUGGCAAAGAUUUUGAAGGUCAAGCAGAGUUGUUUGACUUUGACGUGGAGGUGCAGCCGGUGGCUGAGGUCCUGGUGCACAAGACGAUAGAGCAAACUAUAAUGGAGGUGAUGGAGGAGGAGGAGCUGGCCUGUCUGAGGGAGCAGCAGAGGGUCUCUGAAGAACUCAGAGCAAGAGAGUUUGCAGAAGUGAUGCGGCUUCAGGAGCAGGAGAGACACCACACAGUGGAAAAAGAGCGCAGAAUUACAGAGCAGAGGGAGGUGCUGGAGAAGGAACGAGAGACCUCAGAGAAAGUUGCUGCGCGGGCGUACACCCAGCAGUACCUGGCUGAUCUUCUGCCUGCAGUCGUCACUACACUCAGAUGCGAUGGCUACUUUUAUGACCCUGUGGAGAGAGACAUUGAGCUUGAGUUCUUGCCAUGGCUGAAGACUCAGCUUCUAGACAACAUGGACAAGAGAACCAUGACAAGACAGAUUCUCGACACCAUUAUUCUCAAUAUCGCUCAGAUGAGACAGGACAGGUUCAAGUAAACUCUCUGCAGUGUCUUCUUCCAGGUUCUCCCUGUUGGGGUCACCACAGCCUCUUCUUUUACAUCAACUGUCCUCAUGUCCUCCUUCACAACAUCCAUGAACCUUUUCUAAGCUUUUUCCAAUAAACAGAUGAAUUAAAGUGUGAAUCACCUGCUGAGAUUGAUGUUGGACAGUGACUGGUGUUCUACACUACAGCUGGGCCUUCACCUCAGACGUCAUUGCCGAGAAAAUAAAUCAUUGCGAAAACAGUACGAUGAAUUAAAAGCGUUUAAC